CCCACACAAACUGAAAUCCUCGUCCUUGCAACAACAUGCCAAUAUUACCUCCAUGAUCCCACGGCUCUCAGCGCCAUAGAGCACUCCCCUUAUGCCUGCAGCUUGCUGAUGUCGGCAGAGAUCGCUUUCCCGUCAUACAGCAGCUCCGACAUCACCUUGCCUGUCCCCGGACCCAGCGUGAUGCCCCAGCAUGUGUGGCCCGAAGCAAUGAAAAGGCCAUGGUCGGCCGAUCCAUCGAUCAGAGGGCCGCUGAAGGGUCCUCCGGGGAGAUAGCACUGCAAGACGCCAAAGUUUUGCGUGUCAGUCAGACUCCUUAUACCUACCCAAGCCACGCCACCAAAGACAGAACCUACCGCCUGCUCUUUUUCCACUUUGGCGCCCUCGCCAAAUACGUUUGGGCCCACGACACGAGCUUGUUCGAGAAGACGCGCUAUCUCUGCGAAAUCACACACCACCUCGUCCGCCCUCUUCGGGAGUGGGACGGAAUCUGUCGCGCCACACAGGUAAACGGUACCAUCUCCGCGACAAUACACCUCAGGACCCGCCGCCCGCGAGCUGCCGUCGCUGGCCGUGUACUUGAUUUCGGUGAAGAGGCAAUGCGCCGUUGUCGGCAGCUUGCCGCGGAUGACGAGGGAGUGCGCCCGCGAUCCGUCGAUCGACUUGCCUUUCUGCAACAGCUCGAGCGGGAUGCGCGCGGACCAGUCCGGUACCAGCGCGCGCAGAAGCGAACCGGUCCAGGGGCCGGCUGCGACGACGACGCGAUCGCAUUCUAUAAGCUCUUCCUUCCCGUCCGACUUGCGCACACGCACCCCCUUAACCCGUCCGUCUCCUGUGGUGUCAAGAGCGAUGACACUGGUUCCCAGACGGACAUCGACUCCUUCCUGCUUUCUUGCUUCCUCCACAAGAUACUCGACCAGGUAUUUUGGUGUCACCUGACCGGUACUCCCGCCACCUCCUAAUUUCUUGGUUGAGGUCACGAUCUUCGGGUUGAUCCAAUUCAAUUCCUUGGGGCACUCUGAGGAGCUCUUGGUGGCCGUGUCAAAGUUCACCUGCAGGGUCUAUCCCAGCCCGGAGCCUGUCAGUAUCGCGCGUCGACAAGCUUUGACAUUAUUCAGGGUCGGAAUCAGAGAAGAGCAGCGUCACGGCCUCAGCAGCCCGUACCUCAACGUUGCGGUAUCCCCAUCUUGUUGCCCCUCCUCCCUCGGUGGCGAGCUGACGGUGAAGCUCGAAGCUCAGCUUCGCCAGACUUGCUGUUGCCUCACCGUGCCAGUCCACCGCCAGGAAUCCGCCAGCCUUGCCGCUUGCGGCGGGAGCGAGCUCACGGGUUGCCUCCAGCAGCGUCAACUUGGAGCGCUCCGCAGCCCCUAAUCGGGCCGGGUGCCGAGCCGAGAAGAACAGGGUCGCCGCGCCGACUAUGCCGCCACCCACGAUAACGGUAUGUCGGGGGAGCUGUGGGCUUAGGGCGUUGGGCGCCAUCGUGUGGCCGCAGAUAUAUAGUGUCGCACGGGUAUAGCAAAGGUAGGAGGUAAACUUUGCGAGACACGCAUUGGUAGGGCCUCACUAUGAUAACAGGGCCGGAAUAUGUAACGGCAAAACCCUAUGCUGUUGUCCCCCCACGCUCUUCAGCUACCGAAGGCGGGGUCGGGCCAGAUUGACGUCAAUCGCCCCUCACCGCUUUCAGGAGGAAUUUUUUGAUCAGGUGGCUAGAUUGGAAGCCUCACUCUCGUAUAGAAAAAAAUGCAGGCCUACUAAAGGUCUCCGUGGGACAGUAGGAACCGUAGCAGAUAUCUGCACAGGCUUCAAGUGUGUGCAUGUGCAAGGAUGGGGGCCACGAAAAAGGCGGCCGGCCAGCAGCAGAUGGUGCCAAUAUCAGCACACAUAACAUUGAACCCUGAACCCAUUGGAAGUCAAAUCUUGUGCCACGGAGCUUAGCUCCCUUCCAAUGACGCCAGGCCGCGGGGUUACACAACAUACCUACACAGUACAUACAUGCGCUAAGAGGUUCGUCCCAUACCGCACAAGUGCCACCACUCGUGCGGCAGAACCCAAGUCGACCCUUAAAGCCGUUGCGGGGUCAGCCGCGAUUGCUGAUUGAUGUGGACGCAGAUUCCACCUGAGCUAUCGGCACGCAGGACCCAAGCCCCAACCAACUGCGGCUCUGCAGACACACCGCAAUUUGAGCAAGGGAAGAGAGAAAGCCUAAAACCGAGGCCCCUGCCUGGGCCGUAUGCCAAGCCCGCCGCCGCCACCGCCGCCGCCAUGUUCGGCUUCUUCUCCUCCCUGCCCGAUAUGGGCGGCGAGCCGCGCAGGCUCGAGGCCCGAACCCUCGAAGCCUUUGCGGAUCACAUCAAGUCUGGCGAUGUGAGGCGCAUCAUCGUCCUGACGGGCGCCGGCAUCUCGACGGCUGCGGGAAUCCCCGAUUUUCGCUCUCCCGGUACUGGUCUCUACUCCAACCUCGAGCGCCUAAACCUGCCACACGCCGAGGCUGUCUUUGAUAUAGAGUACUUCAGGAAGCAUCCCGAGCCUUUCUACUAUCUUGCCAAGGAGCUGUAUCCGGGCAAUUUCUACCCUACCUUGUCGCAUGCCUUCAUCGCCCUGCUCCACAAGAAGGGCCUCCUGCACGUGGACUUUACCCAAAACAUCGACUGCCUCGAGCGCCAUGCCGGCGUACCGGAUAGCAGGAUCGUCGAGGCGCACGGCAGCUUCGCGACGCAGCGGUGCAUCGACUGCCGCGCCGAGUUCGACGGCGACCGCAUGCGCAAGCACGUCGAGGAUGGCGUCGUGCCGCACUGCGACGAGUGCAACGGGCUCGUCAAGCCCGACAUCGUCUUCUUCGGCGAGCCCCUGCCGGCAGGGUUCCGCGAGAACUCGCACAAGGUCGUCAUGACGGACGCGGUCAUCAUCAUCGGCACCAGCCUGAGCGUCUACCCGUUCGCGGGCCUGGCGGACAUGGUGCCCGCGGGCGUGCCGCGCCUGCUGCUCAACAAGCAGCGCGUCCACCGCGUCGGCGACCGGUCCGACGACGUCGUCGAGAUCGGCCCCUGCGACGACGGCGUCCGCAGGCUCGCCGACCUGCUCGGCUGGCGCGACGAGCUCGAGGCGCUGUGGCGCUCCGUCGUGGGCGACGAGGAGGCGGACCGCCAGCUCGGCAGGGCCGCAGAGGGCCCGCCCGACCUCGACGAGGAGGUGCGCAAGCUGACCGAGGGCGUCGAGACUGGACUGAAGCUCGUCGAGACGCAGAGCGCGGAGAAGAAGGACGAAAACGAGCCCAAUGCCGAGCAGAAUGUUCAAACAGAGAACAAUGUGGGGGUCGUUUCGAAACACGAAGACCAGGGCCCCGGCGCCCUCUCCGCGAUUCCCGUGACAGAAGACAAGACCGGCGAUUUGACUGCCAAGACCAACCAGGCAGACGAUGGCAGUGCCUCUGGCUCGGCAGACCAGAACACGCAGCCAGCGAGAGACAACCUUGCCAACACGGCUUCCCAACCUGAAACGGAGGCAAUUCAGGUCACGGAUUCUAGAGAUCAAAACGCGUCCACCACCACACCAUCUGCCGCCGCAGGGAGCGAGUCACUGAAGGAGAACAAUCAUCCUGCAAAAGAGGCCGAGUCCGCGCCACCCAAGGAGGCCAAGCCCGAUACCUUUCCUUACCCUUAGUUUUGGUGAUGAAUGAAGUGAGCAGGCCUGUAGCAAUCGCCUGUCAUGGUUUCGCUUCCCAAUUCAGCGACCAUGCUUGUCCAGGGACCCAAUUGGCUGGGCACUUGGCAGUUUUCAACCCACGGUUUCUCGUAGGAAACCUCUACCAGGUGGGGGAUGCUCCUCUGCGCGGUGUAUUUUUACUACAGAUCAAUUCCAAUACCGGAUUCUAUUGCACGUCGACAAGACACAAUCAAUUUUGGCCAUAGAUUGAACUUGCAUUGAAAAGAGCAUGUAAAGAAAAAAAAAGGCAA